GGAACGAGUUGGGAUUUGAAAAGUUGAAGCUGCCAGAGAGCUCGGUGUGUGUUUGGGAAGCAGCAGCAAGUCGUGUGAAUGUGCGGGUGUGUGUUUUUGAUAAGGUGAAGGAAAGUAAAUGAAGGUGCAACCUCCACACCACCUGGACACCCCUGAUCUUCUCUCAGCGUGAUGGAUGCAGAUGUGGGUCUGCAGGAGGAGGAUAUGGAGGGCUCGUGGACGCUGCUGUCCUGGCUGGCGUCCUGCCUCAUGGUGUUUGGGGGAGCCCUGCCCUACGUGCCCCAGUAUCAGGAGAUCCAGAGGAGCAACAACACCGAGGGUUUCUCCACCAGAGUCUGUCUGGUGCUGCUCAUCGCCAACAUCCUGCGCAUCUUCUUCUGGAUAGGGAAGCAGUUUGAACUCACUUUGCUGCUCCAGAGCAUGGUCAUGAUCCUCACCAUGUUUGCCAUGAUCCACCUCUGCUGCACGGUCCAAAACACCAAUCGAGUCAGCACCAAGCAACACCGGCUUUCAGACUUGGACAUUCGCUACUUCUGGAAGUGGAGCGCGUUCGAGGACUACCUGCUCUUCUGUUUCGGCUUCACCGUGCUGAGCGCGGUGGUCACCCUGCUGCUGCUGGACUCGGCUGUGUUCGUGGAGACGCUGGGCUCCCUGGCGGUGAUGUUCGAGGCCAUGCUGGGCCUCCCGCAGCUACUGCAAAACUUCCAAAACCGCUCCACCAAAGGCAUGAGUGUGAAGAUGGUGCUGCUUUGGGCGGCCGGUGACGUCUUCAAGACCACCUACUUUGUGAUGAACGCAAGCCCGACUCAGUUCUGGGUUUGCAGUUCAGUGCAGAUCCUGAUCGACGUGGCCAUCCUGCUCCAGGUCCUGUUGUAUAGCGAGGACACACGCACCAAACUAGGCUGAACUCAGCUGUUGGGUAACAUAAAAAUGCAGGGCUAAGUCCGACAAGUGUGAAAACAUAAAUAAAAUCAGCAAUAAUGUUGAUGGAAUUAUCAGAGGAGACAUUUAGUGCCACAAAAUGGAGAAAACCAAAGUCUUUUUUUUUUUACUGUUUAUGCUCAAUUAGAAAAAUUGUCACAUGGG